GAUAGAGAAACUGAAUAUAACAACGAAUGGCUUUAUCAAGACGAAGACGAAGACGAAGAAGGAGCAACAGAAAACGGAGAAGAGUAUCAAAUUGAUGAUGAACCUGUAAUGACACAGGUUACAACGCAUGGUAGCGUUUUGAAUGAUGUUCUAAAACAGAUUGAACUUUUAAACAAUGCUGAUCAAUAA